AUGGCCGAGAACGCUCAGUCCGUCAAGGUUCUUGACGAGCUCAUGAAGAAGCUCACCAUCUCCAAGGAGGCUGCCGAGGUCAAGGAUGCCUCUGCCGCUCUCGCUUCCUUCAUCAACGGCCGCAUCGAGGACCAGGCUGUCCCCACCAAGACCGUUGAUGCUCUGAAGAAGGAGUUCGCCAACAAGAAGGAUGCCGCCGCUCGCGAGCGGGCCGCUGUCGCCGUUGGCGCCAUCGCCUCCCACUCCGAGAUCUCCUCUCACGUGGAGCCCUUCCUCGUCGACCUCCUCCCCACCGUCCUCGCCGCCGUUGGUGACAAGGCCGCGCCCGUCAAGACUGCCGCCACCGCUGCCGCCAUCGCCAUCGGCCAGGCCAUCAGCCCCAACGCCGUCAAGGCUAUCCUUCCUCCCCUGAAGGUCUCCAUCAUCGAGGCCCAGAAGUGGCCCGAGAAGAUGGCUGCCCUCGACAUCAUCGACAUCCUCGUCAAGACCGCCCCCGCUCAGCUCGCUCACCGCGUGCCUGAGCUGAUCCCCGUCAUCUCCGAGUCCAUGUGGGACACCAAGAAGGAGGUCAAGGAGCGUGCCUACAAGACCAUGGAGCAGCUCUGCCAGCUCAUCGUCAACAGGGAUAUCGAGCGCUUCAUCCCCGAGCUCAUCAAGUGUAUCGCCAAGCCCGAGAACGUCCCCGAGACCGUCCACCUGCUCGGUGCCACCACCUUCGUCACCGAGGUCCAGGAGCCCACUCUUGCCCUCAUGGUCCCCCUGCUGGAUCGUGGUCUCGCCGAGCGUGAGACUGCCAUCAAGCGUAAGGCCGCCGUCAUUGUCGACAACAUGUGCAAGCUCGUCGACGACCCCAACAUUGUCGCGCCUUUCCUGCCCAAGAUGAUGCCCGGUCUCCAGAAGAACUUCGACAACCUCGCUGAUCCCGAGGCUCGUGAGAAGACCAGGCAGGCUCUUGACACUCUCAACCGUGUUGGCAACAUCCAGAACGGUGUCAUCCCUGAAGUCAAGCUCGACGGCGAUAUCGCCACCGUCCUUGCCAAGCUCAAGGAGGUUCUCGGCACCAAGUACGGCAAGGCCGCUCAGGUCGAGCCCGUCCUCACCUACAUCUCCGCCAUUGCUGGCCAGCUCAUUGACGAGAAGGAGAUCGAGGCCAUUACCUGGGUCGAGGCCCUCAAGCCUUACGUCGCUGUCAUCACCGGCGACAAGGACUCCGAGACUGUCGUCGACACCCUCCGCAAGCGCGCCUCCCCCGGUGCCGCCGAGGCCGCCGAGGGCGAUGCCGACGAUGAGGAGGGUGAGGACCUUUGCAACUGCACCUUCUCCCUCGCCUACGGUGCCAAGAUUCUGCUCAACCAGACCCACCUUCGCCUGAAGCGUGGUCAGCGUUACGGUCUCUGCGGUCCCAACGGUUCCGGCAAGUCCACUCUCAUGCGCGCCAUCGACAACGAGCAGGUCGAGGGCUUCCCCAAGCAGAGCGAGGUCAAGACCGUCUUCGUCGAGCACGACCUUGACUCCGCCGAUACCGAGAUGACCACCAUCGACUGGACCAUCAAGAAGCUGCGUGAGGCUGACGUCCAGACCCCUGUCGAGGACGUCAAGGCCAAGCUCAACGAGUUCGGCUUCACCGAGACCAUGGUGUCUGGCGAGAUCACCGCUCUGUCCGGUGGUUGGAAGAUGAAGCUCGCUCUGUGCCGUGCCGUCUUCGAGGCCCCCGAUAUUCUGCUUCUCGACGAGCCUACCAACCAUCUCGACGUGAAGAACGUCAAGUGGCUCGAGGACUACCUGCAGAACUCCCCCUGCACGUCCAUCAUCGUCUCCCACGACUCUGGCUUCCUCGACAACGUCUGCCAGCACAUCAUCCACUACGAGCGCUUCAAGCUCAAGCGCUACCGUGGUAACCUGAAGGAGUUCGUCAAGAAGUGCCCCUCGGCCAAGUCUUACUACGAGCUCGGCGCCUCCGAGAUGGAGUUCCAGUUCCCCGAGCCUGGUUUCCUUGAGGGUGUCAAGACCAAGGCCAAGGCCAUUCUCCGUGCCACCAACAUGACCUUCCAGUACCCCGGCACCACCAAGCCCCAGAUUGAGGAGAUCUCGUUCCAGUGCUCGCUCGGCUCCCGUAUUGCCGUCAUUGGCCCCAACGGUGCCGGCAAGUCUACCCUCAUCAACGUCCUCACUGGUGAGCUCAUCCCCACGUCGGGUGAGAUCUACCAGCACGAGAACAUCCGUAUCGCCUACAUCAAGCAGCACGCUUUCGCUCACAUCGAUAACCACCUCGACUCCACCCCCUCCGAGUACAUCCAGUGGCGUUUCCAGACGGGUGAGGAUCGCGAGACUAUGGACCGUGCCAACAAGAUCAUUACCGAUGCCGACGAGAAGGCCAUGGACAAGAUCUUCCGCAUCCAGGACUCUCAGCGUCGCGUCAUUGGCAUCAACUCUCGUCGCAAGUUCAAGAACUCGUACGAGUACGAGUGCUCCUUCGCUCUGGGUGAGAACGUUGGCAUGAAGAACGAGCGCUGGACUCCCAUGAUGUCCGCCGACAACGUCUGGCUGCCCCGUAACGAGCUUCUGGCUUCUCACCAGAAGAUGGUCGCCGAUGUCGAUAUGAAGGAGGCCCUCGCCUCUGGUCAGUUCCGUCCCCUUGUCCGCAAGGAGAUCGAGAGCCACUGCGCCAACUUUGGCCUCGACGCCGAGCUUGUCUCCCACUCCCGCAUGCGCGGUCUGUCCGGUGGCCAGCGUGUCAAGGUCGUCCUCGCCGCGUGCUCGUGGCAGCGCCCCCAUCUUAUCGUCCUUGACGAGCCCACCAACUACCUUGACCGUGACUCCCUGGGUGCCCUGUCCAAGGCCCUGAAGGCCUUCGGUGGUGGUGUAAUCAUCAUCACUCACAGCGCUGAGUUCACCAAGGACUUGACUGAGGAGGUCUGGGCCGUCCUUGACGGUAAGAUGACCCCCUCCGGCCACAACUGGGUCCAGGGCCAGGGUGCUGGUCCACGUCUCAAGGCCGAUGAGGGCGAGGAGGAGGAGAAGUUCGAUGCCAUGGGCAACAAGAUUGUCUCCACCAAGAAGAAGGCCAAGCUUACUUCUUCCGAGCUCCGCAAGAAGAAGAAGGACCGUAUGGCCCGUCGCAAGCGUGGUGAGGAGGUCUUCUCCGAUGAGGAUGAAUAA